UCAUUCAUUCACCCAUUGAACUUCUUACGGAGCAGUAGGUUAGUUUUUCGCAAUUCGCAGUUCGCAAUUUUUAUAAAUAAAGAAUACAGUGAAGAACAGAAAGUUAGCAAGAUAAUAAAAAAUUUAAAUAUUCGUUAUCAAGAUAUUUAUCCAAAAGCUCAUAUAAUUUAUAUAAAUGAAUGAACAAAUAAUAUCAGAGAAACUUGAAACUCCACGUGUAAUUGACCCGUAGAUAAGCUUUUAAUGAUACAGAAAAAUAUCCUAAAAUUCAAAAAUGGUGAAGAGAGAAAAUUCUGACUUGUUAACAGGAAGACAAUUAUACUCUGAUCAAAAGUUGGCUACUUAUGAUGGCGAUGCCCGCGAACCAGCGACAUCCAAUCCCUGCCCUCCUGAUGGAGGGUAUAGAGCAUAUAUGGUUAUGGUAGCAUCAUUUCUUACCAAUGGAAUUAUUUUUGGAGUAAUAAAUUCAUUUAGUGUGAUAUUCACAGAAUUAGAAUAUCAACUGAAACAAGAUGGAUUGUCUCAUCAUGUAAGUCGAGCAUCUCUCGUGGGCGCGCUAACAAUGGGCACAACGUUCUUCCUGUCUCCACUUUCGGGUGUUCUGACUGGAUUUAUGGGACUUCGGCUCACUGCAGUGUGUGGUGGAUUAAUAGCUACUUCUGGCUUAGUCAUCUCGUCAUUUGUCACAAAAGACAUGAAUGCUCUUUGCUUUACAUAUGGAAUUAUGUAUGGUUUAGGAGCAUCAUUCGCUUAUACUCCAUCCCUUGCUAUUUUAGGCCAUUAUUUCAAAAAGAAAUUAGGUUUAGUCAAUGGAAUCGUUACAAUUGGAAGUUCGAUCUUCACCGUUUUUAUGGCUCCCCUUAUGGAACAUGUUAUCCGAAAUCAUGGUUUACAUUCACUUUUUAGAGUAUUGGCAGUACUUACCUUUGGUAUAGCACUAUGUGGUAUUUUAUUUAAGCCCAUUGUCUUAGUUCCAACAGAACCGUCCAAAAAACAUGACAAUUUCUUAUCUUUACUGAAAACAAUUCUUAGUGUCGAAAUGUGGAAAAACAAAACAUACAAACUAUGGGCAUUGUCUAUGCCUGUGGCAUUAUUUGGUUAUUUUGUUCCUUAUACUUACAUAAAAUCUUAUAUCAAACAAAAUUUUGGAACAUCAUAUGAAAAUUUGCCUCUUCAAUGUAUAGCUGCUGCAUCAGGCGUUGGCAGGUUAAUGUUUGGUUAUCUAGCUGAUAAAAAUGGUGUCGAUAGAAUUUUGUUACAACAAAUUUCAUUUUACGUUAUCGGUACACUGACUAUUAUAUUACCUUUUGUUAAAAGUUUUGAACUUUUAGUGGCAGUUUCUUUAGGCAUGGGAAUCUUCGAUGGUGCGUUUAUAGCAUUAAUUGGUCCGAUUGCAUUUGAACUCUGUGGUAAUGCAUUUGCUGCUCAAGCUAUAGGAUGUAUGUUAGGUCUAGCAGCUUUUCCCCUGACCAUAGGGCCGCCGGUUGCGGGUCACCUCUAUAGCAUUUAUAAUUCUUACACUUUGCCUUUCAUACUUGCGGGUGUUUCUCCAAUUUUAGGGGCAACUUUGAUGUUUAGUAUUCGAAUUUACAAACGCAGUAACAACAUUGCUGAGACAAAUACGAAUGGCCACUUGCCCUUAAAUGACAGGGAUAUUGAAAAGGACCGCAUUACGAAGUUGACACAGAACGGGGAGGCUCAUGAGCAAGUCAUUUUAUAAUUUAUAAUCGAUUGAGUAAGGAUAUAAAAAAAAACAAUUGAAAGUGGUGCUUAAAAUCUGUGAAUGUGCCUUUAUCAUAAUAUUGAUUAUAGAAUGUGCCAAGAGGUUGAAAACCGAAAUUGUAUUGUAAAAAUGUGAUAGGACUUUUUGCGAGUAUUUCAUUGAUUCCUAUUGUAAUGUUUUUGUCAAUUAGCAGGAUGGCUUUAACAAUUACUUCCGCACUGUACCUAUGAGGCUGUAAGAAACUACACUAAGAAUAUAAAGAGUUUAAUAACAAAUAUCUUAACAAAUAUAUCUAUUGUACAUAGUACAGAUAUAAAUUAACAAAAUAUCUUUAGUAUAAAUAUAUUAAAAUAUCUAGCAUGUGGCAGAUAUUUGAUUGAAGACCAAAAUGGUACAGAUUAAUUCAAUAUGAUUGAAUUGUGAUAAUAUUUUGAUAACAAUGAUCGCAAACAGAAUGUAGAACAAUUUCCCGUAAAUAAAAUUAGAAUAUUGCGUAAUCGAUUAGGUCCUCCGAUUGAAGUUAUAUAAUAAGGAGUAUUUAGAGUUGUAAGAAUGACUUGACGACUAGAGUUAAAACCUUUCUCUUAAUCGAUUAAUAUGUGCAUUUAAUCGUGCUAAAUUUAGCAAUUUUGUUUUAUCAGAUCGAAAUAAUAUUUCUGAGUCUAAAAAAAAUAGGCUAGCGCAAAUAAAAUGUAAUAGGAGAUGAACAUGACGUUCUAUAUAAAGUCAAAUUAUUUUUUUUAAAUAUAGCCUUUGUGUACAGUUUUAUCAACUAGCAUCACUCUCAUAAAUGUUUCGCUAUUCUGUAAUCCUGUACUUAUAUAUUUGUGUUUGAAUAUUGAGUUGUUGAGUUGAUUGUUUUAAGGUUUACUGCAUUCACGAAAGUGAACGUUUUUGCAAGGCAGUCGAAAUGUAUUUUAGUACCGAAAUUUAUCUUAGUACCGGCAUUUAGACCAAACUAUUUUGAAUUAACAAAAAUUCAUGGUCGAAACAUAGGAAAGUUGUCUCCAGCUAUUGUAUGUCUUGCUUGAAAUAGUUAUAAAUAUUUUACUUAAGUUAUGAUUUGAAUAAUGUUAUUUGUUAAGUACAUAUAGGUAAUUACGCAAAAUGUAAAAAAGCAUUUAUAAUGAAAGACAUUUCUAUUUCUUGGCAAUACUAUAUCACGUCUCUCUGUAAUUUGUUUUUUCAAUAUUUUUAUUUCUCAUUGGUUACCGACUAAAGUUCCUAAUAUUUUAUGUUAUUAAAAUUAUGAUUUUAUUUUUAUACUUAGAAUGUAAUGUAAUGUUGACAUCGAUUAUGUCGAAGUAUAGCUAAUUAUUAUCUUGGAUAUGUGUAUGUGAUAUACAAUACAUGCGAAUAUAUUUUACACGAUAGACAAUAAAUAAAUGUUUAAAAAAAAUAUGAGAAAAUGUAAUAUUAAAUUGUAUUUUGAAUAUGACAGAAUCUCGUUGGAAUCAUAAAUAUUGUAAAAAAUCAUCCAUAUUAAAUACAUCAUAUUAUAACAAUGACGACUGUGUGCAAUCAGGUACCAACUGGUGUAAUUCUACAUUAAAAGAACAUCGAUUAUCAUAUCAAAAAUGUAUUGAACUCGUUGAUUUUUAAAUUUACAUGAGAAUCUUUUCAAUAAUAACUGUGAUAGCAAUGCCCAAACAUAAUCAUUAUAAAAUCGAAUAUAUUUGAAAUUUUAUGAAAUUGUUAAGGAUUUAUUAUAUAUUCGCAAAUAUUUAUUGUUGAGAAAUGAGUUAUUGUGUUAUGUAAAUAAGUUCAUUUCAAAACGAGUACGAAUAAAACUGUUACUAUAAUAAUAUACUUAACUAGAUAUUUACUUGAUUUUGAAAUGUUCUCAUACGAGACACUCAACGGAGAGAAUAGCCAAAGUUGGUCAAAGUACUUAUUGUCAUCACCAUUUUGACUUAAUGUCACACCUAGUACUUAACUGAUAAGCCUAUCUGUAAUAAUGAAUCGGAAGCCUGGUUUGGGAUAUUUGCCUAUAAUGUUCAUUAGUCUUGAUUUCUCGGACUAUCGUUAAAUUGGAGUUAUUUAUUUUGGAUGUAUGUAUUCUAAAUGCCUCUUCGUCUAAUACUAUAGUUUUGACUGCCGCCGAUUUACAUAAAUGUUAAUGUACCAAAACAAUAAAAUUUGUUUAAGAAAAAUUGGACACAUAAAUGUCAUGUCGUCGUUUUGGCAUUAAUUAUAUCUUAUUUUCCAGGGGAUUUUCCUGGUCUACAAAUUUGAUCACAUAAUCAAUUUUUUUUAUCAGGUUUUAGGAAGAAGAGGCUUUAAAUACAAAUUCCCUUUCACGACUAUUGUUUAAACUGAUGAUAAGUGUGUACUUUGACCCAUCGUUUUGGUGAUUUGAAGAAUAUAAAAUAAAUAAGUUAAACAGGUUUAUAAUAGUUUUUUUUAUAAAAUAUGUAUAGUAUUAUUGGUUGCAUGCCUUGUUUUGUGAAUUUUAUGGCUGGUUUUUCAUUUUCCCUUUUAAGGAAUAUGUCGCGAAAAGUACAUCAUAGAUUGUAAAUGUACAAUUAUAUUAUAUCUAAAGUAAAAUAAGGUGAACAUUAGUUCUUUGGUAGUCUCUUUUAUAUUUUUAUUUAAAUGAUUAUUGUUGGCUGCACGAUUUUAGCGUCUACCUCAAAUCAUUUAUUUUAUACGUAUACUUAUGCAUUAAUCCUAAACUUUAAAUACCAAAUACUUUUAGUAGAAUGAGUUCAUAUUUAUAUACUUUUAAUCUAUUUACGAAAUACUAUCGUUUGCACUAAAUUUGUUUUUUUUUUUUUAAUUCUGUCUUUUUAAUUUUAAUAUUAUGCCAAUGUAUUAAAGUUUUAAUAAUGA